UUGGUCAAGGAGGUGUGACAUUGGCAAUGAUGACUCCAUUGCUCGCAUUCGCCUAUGACCCAGUGGAUGAUAUAAAAUCAAGAUCAGCUAAUUCCUAGAGCGAUCUUCCCCUAGAUAACCCACAAGUGGCUCUUCUUCCAGCUGUAGAUCAACCAAGUCCAGUUCUUCCACGAUGUAUCCAUCCAAACCAGAUCCCUACUACCCUCCGCCGCCGCAGUCGAAGGGCCCCUACUACCCUACGGCGCCACCGACCACGGGCGUUCCGGUGCCCCUAGCUCCCGGCGUUUUCCAUAUCCAAGCUCCGGUGACCGGUCCAUGGUCGACCGGCCUCUGCGACUGCUGCGACGACGUCGGCAACUGCUUCAUCACUUGCUUCUGCCCUUGUAUUACCUUUGGCCAAAUCGCGGAGAUCAUCGACAAAGGAUCCACCUCGUGUGGGGUGAGUGGGGCACUGUACGCGCUUCUAGCGUUCGUGACGUUCUGCCCGUGCUUUUACUCGUGCUUCUACCGCUCCAAGCUGAGGAGGCAGUACGGGCUGAAGGAGGAGCCCUGCGCCGACUGCCUCGUCCACUGCUGCUGCUGCGAGUCCUGCUCUCUCUGCCAGAUGUACCGAGAGCUCAAGCGUCGUGGCUUCGACAUGAGCAUAGGUUGGCAUGCAAACAUGGAGAGACAGGGAGAAACGGCAACCUUGCCGCCGCCGGUCCAAAGCAUGAGCGGGUGAUACACGCACACACCCUGGAAAGUACAUGCUAUUAUAAUUAAGUGACUGCAGUUGUUGAAUUACGGAACAAAUUACGGUUGUACUACCCGUUUCUUCCUGUAUGAAAAGUAAAUAAUGUAUGUCUCGUGGAUGCUUAAUUUCAUAUGGAUUAUGGUUUCAUGAA